AUGUCGGCCGCGCCGCACGCACUCCAUGGCCCUGACUCCGGGCCCCCGCCCCCGCCAGCCCAAUUGAAUCGAUCCUGUGAAUCAUGCAGAGGCCUCAAGGUCCGGUGUCUACCGGAUCCAACAUCUGCCACCCAGUGCCAGAGAUGCGUCAAGGCCCGCCGCGCCUGUAUCUUUCUGGCCCCGCAGAAACGCCGUCCGCGCAGACGCACCGACUCGCGGGUCGCCCAGCUGGAGAAAGAGAUGCGGGUCAUGCGAUCACUGUUGAAGGGCCGACUUCCCAUUCAAGACGCCACCAGCCCGGAAAGCAGCAGCAGCGUCCGUGACGACUCGCUAGACAAUGAUCCCACCACCACCGAUUCCCCGGAGAGACUGUCCAAUGUUCCGGAGUCGGAGGCGGAAGGGAAUGCAGACGCCCCCAAUAGCUCGACGGGUUCCAUCCGCCAUAUCGACUGUUUGCCGGGGUUUGCACCCUCAGCUCCCAGUACCCUGGAAGGGAUCCCACUGCCCCCCGUCCCCCCGGCCAACGCGGGUAUGCCGGAGAACGCCCAGGAGACGCUCCAGGAAGACGAUGUCAUUGACAAAGGGAUCCUGUCCAUCACCAGUGCCGACGAGCUCAUCGAAUUCUUUCGCAAUGAAUUGGCCCAUUUUUUCCCCCUGGUGGUCCUACCCCCGGGUACCACUGCCUAUCAGCUGCGUCGCUCCAAACCGCUCCUCUUCCUAUCGGUUAUCGCCGCGGCAGCCAUUGCUGUCGAUGGAGAGCUGGCGCGCACUCUCAACCGCGAGAUGAUCAGGCUUUAUGCAGAAAAGUUCUUCAUCGAGGGCGAAAAGUCCUUAGAGCUCGUCCAGGCACUGCUGGUCAUGACGGUGUUCUACUUUCCGGCUGAUUCGGGAAUGAGACUGCAGUUUUACCAAUACACACAUAUUGCCUCGACCAUGGCUUUGGAGAUCGGACUGGCCUCGAAGCGUAAGGUGGUGAAGAAAGCAUACAGUGAUACGGAGUUCGAUGAACACAUGGCCGAACAGGCCAGAGCCAUCCUAGGGUGUUACCACCUAGCAUCAACUGUUGCCAUGAGAACCCGCCGACCUAACUUCCUCUUGUUCAACGAUUGGAUGGGCGAAUGCGUUAAACAUCUGGAGCGCUCCCCAACGACGAUCGACAGACAUAUGGCCCGGUGGUUCGAGUUGCAACGGAUCACGGACGAAACAUUGAUGUCGUUUGGCCUCGAUGAUACCAGUUCCACCGUAAUGGCAUUUGAGUCGAGAAUACAAGCGGUGCUCAGGUGGUUUGACAAUCGAAUGCAGUCCUGGAAGAGGGAUCUACCUCCGGACAUGCUAACCGUACCAAUGCUAUUAGGUUAUCAUUAUGCUCUCCUCGCGGUGUACGAGUUGGCGGCGGGGGAAGGCUAUCGAGAUCCCGACGCGGUGAAACGCAAGUUCUACACACUGCCUCCGCCGGACGAGGCAGAGACGGACCGCCAGCCCGCGGCGCCGUUGAGCGCGAUGCACGUGGACAUUACGACCAAGUUCAUGAAUGCAUCGCAACAAAUGAUGGACACCUUUCUUGGCUGUGACACGGACACGAUGCGCAAACUGCCCAACCUCAUGUACACGCGAGUCGUCCAGGCGAUCACGUCCCUGCUGAAGAUCUACUACUCUGUCCGGACGGGCGCCCUCGGGGAGGUGAUCAGUCCACAGACGGUAAACGUUGAAAUGUACCUGGACGCGAUGAGCAAGAGGCUCACCGAAGCUAGCGAUGGCCACAAGUACAAGAUCCCUAGCCGAUGGUGGUACAUCGUGGCCGUCAAGUCUCGGGACUGGUACGAGCGGUUUCAGAGACAGCACCAGCGCGACCCAGUCACUGCCUUCAAUAGCUUUGCCAAUGGCAAUGGUAGUGUAGCUCCUCCUUCUUCCUCCACCAGUCCGCCAACGCCGCAAAACCCGCUCCCCGCAAGGAUCCGGAGCCCCCUGUCCUUCGAACCAAUGGGACCAUCCUCUUCAGCCUCAUCGCGGAUAAACCUACCCUCCCCGAUUCCGUCAUCUUCUUCCUAUGGCGGAAGCAACAUUGCUCUGUCCACACCCACCACGUGGCCCAUGGACUCGGCCAACAACAUAGACCCGACGACAGGAUACCCGGCCCUCCCGCCAAUGCCGCAGCAUUACGCCUACGACACACCCAAGCUCUCUCACGAGAACGCCUGUUUCGUUCCUCCGGGAUCGGCAGGCACAGACAUGGAGCUCGACGGCUGGGUUUCCGACGGGAAUAUCUUUGGGAUGCCCUCCUUGCCCGGAUUUUCUUUUACAUGA